AUGACUUCAAGACUAAUUCGGCUACAGCCUAUAACUCAUGCCGCUAGGCUAGGGUUACAAGUGAAGCCGCUGGUUCAUCCGGCCUUAAGCAUAGCUUUGAAUCAGCACAGAUGUUAUUCUGUGGGCACGAGCCCAGCAUCUGAAACAGUCAAAGACAAUGCUGCGGCAGCAAAGAGCGAAGUACAGAGCAAAACCGCUAGCUCACCGCCACCUACAAAGUCAAAACCGAAGGAACCUCUAAUGCAGCGAAUCAAGCACGAAAUCCGCCAUUACGUCAACGGGACAAAACUGCUUGGCUACGAGAUCAAGAUCUCAACAAAACUGUUGGUGAAGCUUGUCGAAGGCUAUGAGCUUUCGAGACGUGAGAAAAACCAACUGAAAAGAACGAUGGGCGAUGUGUUCCGUCUAGUUCCUUUCAGUGCGUUUCUUAUCGUGCCAUUUGCAGAGCUUCUACUUCCGGUUGCCUUGAAGAUAUUCCCUAACCUGCUGCCUUCUACUUACGAGUCUGGAAGUGCCAAACAGUUGAAGAAGCAAAAAUUGAAUGACAUCAGAGAAAACACUUCCAAUUUUUUGCAGGAGACCAUCGAGGAAUCGUCUUUGAUCAGCUACAAGUCCAUUGAAAGCGUUGAGAAGAAGAAGAAAUUUCUGAAUUUUUUCAAAAAGCUCAACUCUCCCAAGGACGGAAACGAAAACGUAUUCACACAUGAUGAAAUCUUGGCUGUGGCCCAGAUGUUCAAGAACGACAGUGUUCUUGAUAACUUGUCCAGACCUCAAUUGGUCGCCAUUGCGAAAUACAUGUCCUUGCGACCAUUUGGAAAUGACAAUAUGUUGAGAUACCAGAUCCGUUACAACCUUAAAGCCAUUAUGGAAGAUGACAAGGUUAUAGAUUAUGAGGGCGCGGAGGCUCUCUCGAACGAGGAGCUUUACCAGACAUGCAUCUCUCGUGGUAUCAAGACGUUUGGUGUGAAGCGCGAAGACCUAAUUGAAAACAUGAAUAUAUGGUUGGAAUUGAGGCUGAGACAUAAAGUACCAAGUGUUCUUAUGAUUCUCAGUAGUGCCUACACAUUUGGAGGUCUUCAGCAACAAGACAAUAAUGCACACUCAACCUCGGCUCAGAAAGUCGACGACACUAAAUUUAAUAAACUCAUGGACUUUUAUUACGACGGUAUCCUUCAGGUGCUAUCGUCCAUUCCAGAUCCAGUUUACAAUGUCGCGAAGCUGGAUGUGAGUGAGUCUAAGGAACAAAAGCCUGCAGAAGAAGAAAAACCAGCUCCCGCUGCGCAGAAAACGGCUCCAAUCGAAAGCCACGAAAAACCUGCUGAGACUAUAUCUGACACUGCAGCUGCAGCGUCUGCCGAUGGAAAGACUGCUACAGAAGGACCAACAGCCGAAAAGGAGCCAAGCAAAGAGACAGAAGGAAAAGAAAAAGAGAAAGAAAAAGAAGAAGAUGAAGAAGAAGAGUCGCCAUCACGCACUGAUGACAACGAAUUUAAGCUCAACGUGUUGAAGGAACAAGAAGCCAUGAUCAAGAAAGAGGAGGAGGAAGCAAGAAAGAGGUCUUCCUCAAGACAAGCCAUUGACGACGACAUUGUGUUGGACGAGGAUGCUUCUAAUCCGCCCGUUCCCAUCAAAGAUGCAGCCGAGAGCUCUCUGACGAAAAAAGAAUAG